CUGCAUUCUGCUGACUUCUACCUCUAACAACACGCUUGUAUUAUUGAUAUACUUCUGGAAAGAUGGAUGUAGACCCGAGCAUUACUUCCGCGGAAGACUCUGUUCAACUUCAAGAACCUGGGCCUUCUGCGCCUCCCCAGUCGAGUGCACUCCCUCCGGAAUUGUUCCAACCUGUACCAGAAAUACCAGACUUUCAAUCUCCGCCACAAAAGGAUCCCAUCCGUGAACUAUGUGUCAAGGUACACAUUCGCAGGUCGGGUAAAGACUCAUGGACCUAUCUUGGGAGGGCAUUCGUAACUCAGGAAUUCAUUGGGCAAUCAUCUCGUGUUGUUGUUCGCUCAGCUGCGUCUGGGAAGAUUAUGGUGCAAUUUUCUGAGGGUUCGGACCUACAAGCGGAAAAACGAGGCAACUUCGUGGUAAUCUCGUGUGUUGAAGGCGCAAGCGUUGUAUCGUGGUCGUUAAAUACGAUGAAUAGCGCUGAUACACUGAGGCUGCUUGCCAGUAUCGAACUUGCGUGUUAUCGCUGCCGCCAAGCACUCUCCGAUCCGAAGCUUCAUACCAAGGUGCGCCGGCGAAUAGAGCGAGUCAUCAAAGACGACCGUCGUAGGAGACAUCGCAGGAGGCGUGACGAGGACGCCAUGGUCGAAGCAUUUGGCAAAACGCAACUCGACUGAAACUUUUGGGAUAUGCUGUUGCCGAUAUGCAUAUAGACGCAUCUUGCUGUUUAUUAUUCCGUGGAGUCGCUCUUUCUACCGUUUUCUUGCAGUGAUUUUCACAUUUGCUUUCCAAUGUUGCUAUUUGAUUUCCUUUUCCUCUUUCUAAUUCCCACCAUGAUCUAAUUUUGUCGUCGUUUGUUGAGUUGUAGUCUCUCAAAGCCCCAAUCCUUGUAUUUC